AUGAAGGUUCGAAGCAACUCACCUCUGAGACAAAAAUGUCCAUCGAACCACCACUUCGAGAUCUGCAAGCUUCAACGAACAGGUAGUGGCAAAGAAUGUGUAGAUUUGAGAUGGUGUAGAUCUGAGACAAAGAAGGUUUUCAAGAAAAGAAACAGUCACGAAGAUGAAGGCGAUGACAACAAAGACGACGAUGGUGUAGAUCUGAUGAACAGGUCACGUUCUUCGGCGAGGCGGCAAUCACGACAAUGUGACAGUUCCAAAGAAGGUGAGGCAUUUGUGAACAAUGAAGCUUUUGAUGGUGGUGGAGAAGGAGAUUCAAGUGGUGAAACACUCAGCCAUGACGCAUAUUCGAAGAUCCAAAUCCCGUUCGCUGUCUUGACUAGCAGGCAACCCUAUAAGACUUUACUCCCCACCACCAUUUCCAUUUUCCGCUUUCAAGUUUUCUCAUUCCCCCAUUUCCUCCUACAACACCACUUUUUUGUCUUCUUGUUAUUGGUAGGCUGCUGGUGA